GUCUGGUCACGAUUCGAAGGCUUCGUUCCUGACCACCGAGCUAGCUUCAACCGGGAGUUCCAUCGAUUGGCUAAGCACCAAGGGUGGGGCAAGGAGGAGCGUCGUCACUUCCGUGUAGAGCUCUUUGAUGCCGACUUCGCGGCUCAUAUCGGCAGCGAAAUCUUCAACCUGGAUCAUUGGAAGAUGUUGUGUCGUCUUUGUAGCAUCGCCCCAAUCCCGAAUGACAUUCCGGGUUGCAUGGAGGCACUUGAUAAUGUUCUGGUAAACAUCUAUGACCUCCUCGAUCACCAUCGAACCGGCGCACCCAUUGAGCCGUUCAAGAACUUCGCAGAGUUCCGCUGUUACACGCUCAACGGCCAUGUGUACCCCAUCGAAGAAGCGAAGGAAGACACGUUUCUGCCGAUCUUCCUCAAGGAGCUGAAA